AUGGCCCCCUGUGCAUGGGGUGUUGUCGCUUUUAGCGUGAGAGCUGGAGUUUUGGGAUGGGAUGUAAAAACUCAGAUGUGAGUGAAGAGCCCAAACCCACCUGCGGCAGGGCCAGAGUUGAGUGGGUAAACUUCACAAAGAAUAAUGCUGGAGCUCUUGAUUUGUUGAAGGAGCUUAAGAAUAUUCCCAUGACCCUUGAGUUACUACAGUCUACCAGAAUUGGAAUGUCAGUGAAUGCAAUACGCAAGCAAAGCACAGAUGAAGAGGUUACAUCUUUAGCAAAAUCUCUUAUCAAGUCUUGGAAGAAGCUGUUAGAUGGACCUUCAACUGAUAAAGAUUCUGAAGAAAAGAAGAAGGAGCCUGCAUCUUCCUCACAGAACAGUCCUGAUGCCAGAGAAGAAAGCAGUUCAAGUAGCAAUUCCAGCAGCAGGAAGGAGGAGGGUAGUGCUCCCUCAAAUUCUUUCAUCCCUUCUUUUCCCCGGGCUCCAAGCACUUCAGACUCUGUACGAGUGAAAUGUAGAGAAAUGCUCUCUGCAGCUCUCAGAACAGGAGAUGAUUACAUUGCUAUUGGUGCUGAUGAAGAAGAGCUGGGUUCUCAAAUUGAAGAAGCUAUUUUUCAAGAAUUAAAAAAUACUGAUAUGAAAUACAAAAAUAGGGUACGAAGUAGGAUAGCGAAUCUCAAGGAUGCAAAGAACCCUAACCUAAGGAAAAAUGUAUUAUGUGGAAACAUUCCUCCUGACAAAUUUGCUAAAAUGACAGCAGAGGAAAUGGCAAGUGAUGAGCUGAAAGAAAUGCGCAAAAAUCUGACCAAAGAAGCUAUCAGAGAGCACCAGAUGGCUAAAACAGGAGGUACCCAAACUGAUCUGUUUACAUGUGGCAAGUGCAAAAAGAAGAACUGUACAUACACCCAGGUUCAAACCCGCAGUGCUGAUGAACCCAUGACAACGUUUGUUGUCUGUAAUGAAUGUGGAAACAGAUGGAAGUUCUGUUAGAAGAAGAAAUUGUCAAGACAUCUGGACCAGUAUGAACAAGGAUUUUGUAAUUAGCUUUAAAAACUAGACUAAGCAUUUAGCUUCCUGCAAAUGAGAGGGUUUUUUGGUUUUUCUUUUCUUUUUAUUUCAAAGCAGCAUACAUGCCUCAAGUUAGCCUUUGUUUUGACACAACCAUCAUUUCCUUAAAUGCCUUCCUAUAGCUGAUAGUCAGUAGGGUCAGGUUCCUCAAUUGUAUGGUGAAUUUUAAAAUAUUUUUUCAUUUUUAUAAGUAAGUUGACAUUAAACUUUUACCAGUUAAACAUUUUGGUAAUUGUCUUGUUUUUUUCUAACUAUGUGAAUAAUGUACUGUAUUUUUUGUGGUCUGAAAUAUACACGCUCCUCCUGUGUGUAUUUUGCCUCUCCACAUGUGCUCGGUUGUAAGAAUGAAAUUUGUUUCUCUCUUCUCUGUUCACUUUGCUUUGCAAGCAGAAAAGGUAUAUAAGUUCCUCAUAACGUUAAGCUCAGUUGUUAACUAAUACACAAUUUAAUUAACUCUUUACUUUGUGUGCUCUUUCUGGACUAGGACUAAAUUUGCAGUCAUGGGGUUUGAAUAUUUGUUAUGGAUAUGAUGACCUCUUUUGCAGUGGUUGGUUAAGCUUGUUUAUGUAACCAGCUUUGAUCAAUGCAAUAUAUUUUAUUGCCCAAAGCAUGUAUUUUACCUUCUAUCAGCAGGCAUUAUUCCUAAGAAUGUCCUAAAAUAGUGGUUAGAUCUGAUUUGAGUGUUCAGUCUUGCUUAAUGUGCUUGACAACCAACUUGGGCUUAGACUUUGUAUAUAAGCAAAGGCAUUGUGUUGUAGGCUAUCCUAAUAACACCAGCUAAGCAAUUCAUUACAUUAAACUGGCUGGGGAGAUAAUACUAUACUCCCUUCAUUUAAAUGGCAUUGAUUUUGUUCAUGAAAUGAUUUUUUGAAAUGUAGGGUAUCUGGUGUCCAUCAUAGACCUGCAAGCGGGAAUAAAUUAUUAAAAUUAUGAUCUUUUCCAUAUGAGAAAUUAUAUAAAUGCUGCAUUUUUAGAAUUUGCUUUUUAGCAGUGCAUGUUUAGAAUUAUUUGCAAAUGUGUUUUCAAGAAAAAUCAUGUCAACAUCUUUAGAAGAGAUUAAAUUCAUUAAAUCUAAUUUUAUAUUACUUAAUUUGUUAGAGUUUGGGGCUGAGGAGGUCUAUUUUGGCACUGUAUAAAUUAUUCAUGAGGGAAUGGGAAGAGUAUGCACAGCUCCUGGAAAAUAAAUUCCUUGAAUGUAAAGGAAAACCAA